AUGGAAGGCUUAACUGUCAGAGAUAAUUGUGAUGAUGCACUAGUAUCCUCCUUGCCGCCGACAGCCUUUGACAGCUCCUCACAGCUCUUCAGCAUUCACGGUCCCACCUUCGCCAAGCUCAACAGAAGAGAUGGAGCUGGUGGCUGGUCCCCGUUGGAAUCUAAUCCACAACAGUGGCUUCAGAUUGAUCUGGGAGACAGAGUUGAGAUAACGGCAGUUGCCACCCAAGGGAGGUAUGGAAGCUCUGACUAUGUAACAAGCUACAUGCUAAUGUUCAGCGAUACAGGACACAACUGGAAGCAGUACAGACAAGAAGACAGCAUCUGGGUCUUCACAGGGAACGCUAAUGCUGACAGCGUGGUCCACCACAAACUUCUGCACUCCGUGAAAACCCGCUUCCUGCGCUUUGUCCCUCUGAAAUGGAAUCCCGGUGGACGAAUAGGCCUGAGAGUUGAGGUCUUUGGCUGCUCAUACAAAUCGGACAUUGCAGAUUUUGAUGGCAGAAGUUCCCUCCUGUACAGAUUCAAUCAGAAACUGAUGAGCACCUUCAAAGACGUGGUUUCCUUGAAGUUCAAGAGCCUGCAGGGGGACGGAGUCUUAUUCCAUGGAGAGGGGCAGCGCGGGGAUUACAUCACGCUGGAGCUACAGAAAGGGAAACUCGCCUUGCACAUUAACCUGGGAGAUGCCAAAAUGCGUUUCAGCACCAGCCACACGUCAGUCACCCUGGGCAGCCUCCUAGAUGACCAACACUGGCACGCGGUGCUUAUUGAGCGCUUCAACAAGCAAGUGAACUUCACGGUGGACAGGCAGAUGCAGCAUUUCCGAACCAAGGGGGAUUCGGACCACCUGGACAUAGAUUACGAGCUCAGUUUCGGAGGGAUCCCAGUCCCAGGAAAGCCAGGAACCUUUCUGAAGAAAAACUUCCUUGGAUGCAUCGAGAACCUUUAUUACAAUGGAGUCAAUAUAAUUGACCUGGCGAAAAGGCGUAAACCUCAGAUCUACACCGUGGGCAACGUGACUUUUUCCUGCUCAGAGCCACGAAUUGUUCCCAUCACCUUUGUCAGCUCCAGCAGCAGCUAUCUGCUUUUACCCGGCACCCCCCAGAUUGACGGGCUGUCAGUCAGCUUCCAGUUUCGAACGUGGAACAAAGAUGGGCUGCUUCUGUCCACGGAGCUGUCUGAAGAUUCCGGAGUCGUCCUGCUGUAUCUCCACGCUGGCAGCUUGACACUUGUCAUUCAGAGAGUGUCAGAAAACUCCGUGGAGAUCAAUGCAGGCAGCCAUCUGCAUGAUGGGCUCUGGCAUUCCGUUAGCAUAAAUGCCAGGAGGCAUCGCAUCACCCUGACGCUGGAUAAUGACGUGGCCUCUGCUGCCCACGCGACCACCCCCUCGCAGAUCUAUUCCGGGAACAGCUACUAUUUCGGAGGGUGCCCUGACAAUUUCACCGAUUCCCAGUGUUUAAAUCCCAUUACUGCUUUUCAAGGCUGCAUGAGGCUCAUCUUUAUUGAUAACCAGCCCAAGGACCUCAUUUUAGUUCAGCAAGGUUCUCUGGGGAAUUUUAGUGAUUUACACAUUGAUCUGUGUGACAUCAAAGACAGAUGCUUGCCCAACUACUGUGAACAUGGAGGAAAAUGCUCUCAGUCCUGGACUACCUUUUUCUGUGAUUGUAGCGAAGUGGGUUACAUGGGAGCAACCUGCCAUAAUUCCAUCUAUGAACAAUCGUGUGAAGCCUAUCGUCACAAGGGAAAGACCUCUGGUUUCUUCCACAUUGAUGCUGAUGGAAGUGGACCUCUUGCACCAUUCCGGGUUUUCUGCAAUAUCACUGAAGAUACGAUCUGGACAGCAGUACAGCACAACAACACAGAGCUAACCAGAGCCCGAGGGGCGGGCCCUGAGAAACCAUAUGCCAUGUUCUUUAACUAUAGCAGCAACAUGGACCAGAUUGAAGCCAUGAUAAGCAGUGCGGAGUACUGUGAACAGGAGGUGGCUUACCACUGCAAAAAGUCACGUCUGCUGAACACCCCGAACGGAAUACCAUACGUUUGGUGGGUUGGCCGCGCCAAUGAAAAACACCCUUACUGGGGGGGAUCACUUCCUGGAGUUCAGAAGUGUGCAUGUGGACUGGAAGAAAGCUGCCUGGAUAUGAGCUAUUUCUGCAACUGUGAUGCCGAUAAAGAAGAAUGGACAAAUGAUACUGGCCUUCUCUCCUUCAAAGACCAUUUGCCUGUAACUCAACUUGUGAUCACGGACACAAACAGAUCAAACUCGGAGGCUGCAUGGCGAAUCGGGCCCUUGCGUUGCCAUGGAGACAGACAGUUCUGGAAUGCAGCUUCCUUCAACACAGAGGCCUCCUAUCUUCACUUCCCCACCUUCCAUGCAGAGUUCAGCGCAGACAUUUCCUUUUUCUUCAAAACCACGGCUGUGUCCGGGGCCUUCCUGGAAAACCUGGGGCUUAAGGACUUCAUCCGCAUCGAAAUAAGCUCCCCUAAGGAGAUCACCUUCUCCAUAGAUGUUGGGAACGGACCUAUGGAUGCUACAGUGCAGUCUCCCACGCCUCUGAAUGACAACCAGUGGCACUACGUCCGAGCCGAGAGGAACCUCAAGCAGACCUCUCUUCAAGUGGAUAACCUGCCGAAGAAGAUUCUGGAGGCACCUGCCGAGGGGCGUUUCCGUUUGCAGCUUAACAGCCCAUUCUUUGUAGGCGGAACGGCUUCCCGACAGAAGGGGUUCCUGGGAUGCAUCCGCGCUUUACGUUUAAAUGGGCAGACACUGGACCUGGAGGAGAGAGCUAAAAUGACCCCUGGGGUCAAACCUGGCUGUCCAGGACACUGCAGCAGUUACGGAAACCUCUGUCACAACGGAGGCAAAUGCGUGGAGAAGUCCAACGGGUAUUUCUGCGACUGCACCAGCUCUCCUUACGAAGGGCCCUUCUGCAAGGAAGAAGUUUCUGCGGUGUUUGAAGCUGGCACCUCAGUGACCUAUAUUUUCCAAGAGCCUUAUCCAGUGACAAAAAACGCAAGCGUUUCAUCAUCGGGCAUUUAUGCAGAUGCCACCAUGUCCAAAGAAAACAUUGUGUUGAGUUUCCUGACAGCACGUGCUCCGAGCCUCCUGCUCUACGUCGAUACCUACUUUCACGACUACUUGGCUGUGAUUCUCUCCAAAAAUGGAAGCUUACAGGUGCGAUACAAAUUGAGUAAGGAUGGCGCCCUCAUUUUCACCAUUGACUCUGGAAACCUUGCCAACCGGGAAUUACACUGUGUGAAGAUCAACAGAGAAGGAAAAGAGCUCGUCGUUCAGGUUGAUCAAGUUCUCAAACUCAAGCAGAACCUCUCCGAGAUUGACUUCAAGGCCAUCAAAUCACUCACGUUGGGCAAGGUCACAGAUAGUCUGGGGCUAGAUUCUGAAGUCCUGAAGGCGAGCUCAAAUGGCUUUAUCGGAUGCCUGUCCUCUGUCCAGUAUAAUCACAUAGCUCCGCUGAAGGCCGCCUUGCGCCAUCCCAGCAUUGCACCCGUCACUGUCAAAGGCUCCUUGGCCGAAUCGAGUUGUGGAUACAUAGCCGAGGCUGAUGUGAACACUGUCACCUCAGUAUAUUCUUCAUCAGAUCCCUUUGGGAAGACGGAUGAGCGGGAACCCCUCACCAAUGCAAUCAGAAGUGAUUCAGCCGUCAUCGGAGGGGUCAUAGCUGUCGUAAUAUUCAUCAUCCUCUGCAUUGUGGCCAUCAUGAGCAGAUUCCUCUACCAGCACAAACAGACGCACCGAAGCAGCCAGACGAAGGAGAAGGACUACCCCGACCGCCUUGACAGUUCCUUUAAAACGGACAUUGACUUACAGAACACAGUGAGUGAGUGCAAACGGGAGUAUUUCAUCUGAUGGACUGUGGGAUUCCUUCUUACUCUCCUCCCAAUCCCCGGCCUGUUUUUCUUUUCGUACCCAUCCAUUUGCAAGCUUUUAAUCUUUCGGAAGGAGACGGCCCUGCACCGUUGAGGCUGGCCACCAGUACAAUGCCUCAUUCCCUUCACCAAAACCUGCCACAUUUACAUUGGCAUCUCAACUGACCUGCUCUUCUACCCUGGACAGAAUAAAUUCACCAACUUGCAUGGUUGCCUAUUAAGUUCCAGGAUUUCUCAAGUCUUCUAUUGUUUUCUGGAGUCUUUUAGCUCACUGCUCUGUAUCUGCUCUAUAUAAACUAGAGGUGAAAUACUGUAUCUAAAUAAGUAGCAUCACAGCUUGUGAGACAGAGUAGCAGGGAAGAAUGAGACCAAAACGCCUGGUUUAUUAUAAAAUGCAUUUACACCAAACAUAAAGAAUCAGCUAAUCCUCGGUUGACAUAAUUUGCCAUAAAAAUGGAGUUACAUGAGUUUUCACCUGCUGGGAAUCUGGCAAGAAGUUACAAUUAUUAUUUUCUCUCUCCUUGAGCAUCUUCCCCCAUCCUGCAAUCCUUUUACUGUAACUUUUAGGCUUGCAAAUAUUUUUUUUAAAAUACAGGAAAACAGCAUUGGACAAAAUUUGUUCCAGCGCAACUUGUGUACCUCCGUCUAGUAAGUCUGGCUAUUUAGAACCAAGAUACUGUAGAGUAAUUCUAGAUGAAGCAUGGAACAUAGUACCUUAAAUCUGAAAGGGUUUUAAGAGGUUUGUGGGACUUAGGUGCUCUGUACAUUUCUAUGAUGAUUUGUCUGAAACAUUAGCCGUGCAGCAUAUGUAUACUAACAUCAUGUAGAGAAGGAUCAGGUGCUGAGGUCAAAUCCUUAAGUGACUGUGGCAAAUUAAAAACAAACAAAAGAAGACGACAAACCAGUCCCACCGUAAACACGAGAUCCAAAAUCUGCUCAUUCAUAUAAAAAAACCCCAAGAAUGUUAUUAAAUUGCUCUUAAAAAUGAAUGAAGCGAUGGAGCUUCCUGUUUGUAGAAACAGCUCCUGGCUGCCAGCCAGAAGCUAACGCGUCUCCUGUUUGAGAGGCAUUUGGUGAUGUGAGCCUGCCUUGGCAUGCCAGGACUCCUAACGAUGGACUCAUUAGCAGGAAGAUAGGGAAAGGUACAGCACGGAAUGCAUCUAAUGAGAGCCUCAGGAAAUAGUUUCUUCCCUAGAGAAAGCUGUUCUGCUUUUCAUAUUACAAUGGGAGGGCAGGGAAACAAACCUACGUAGGAACAAAUAGUCAUUUCCCUCUUUGCAACUUUCUCUUCAUUAUUUUCAGCAUGGUUAUCCCAUUUGAAAUGCUCUCACUAACAAGGUGCUAUUAAUUCCCUUGCUCAAAGGCAACUGGUCACAUGACCCUACCCGCGCAGCCUACCCAAUUCCUCUCCACUCAGGCCCCGCCUCUCCCCAACCCUGCUCCGCCUCCUUUCUCCACCCUCUCCCACCUCUUCUCUGCCCUUGCUCCACCUCUGCCCCAUAUCCUCCUCCAAUCAAGGCGGUCCUGGGGCUAGUGGGGCCAGCACUGACAGCAGAGGUCUGCCCGCCUCCCGCCGCACUCACCAGCAGCGGAAGUAGAGCAAGGCGGGCCCGCGGCUUUGCUCCAUCUGCAGUGCAGCCCCCACCACCGGAGCAGUGCAGCCGGGAGAGCAAAGCAGUGGGGCCAACUUUCUCCCCUUCUCCUGCCGCUGCUGGGGACUGUGAGGCAGCGGCAGGCAAAAAAGCAAGCAGAAAGUUGGGAAUCAUUAACAAAGAGAGAGUCUCUGCCUUAUGCUCUCUCUUACUGUCUCUGUGUAAAUCCAUGGGACGCCCACGUCUUGAAUACUGCUCACCACAUCUCAAAAAAGAUACCUUGGCAUUGGAAAAAGGUCAAAAAAGGGUGACAAAAAUGAUUA